AUGAAACUACGAAAGGAGAAAACAGUUACUCCCGCAGACAUCAUUAUGGCACGUUUGUCUCCAACUACGCAAUCGGCUUUGUCAUCAGCGAGAGCAACUACACUGAGAACGAUGGAUGAAGAAGGACAAGAAGAGAGGAGAUCAGCAGCUGAGGAAGCGAAACGAGCACGUUAUGUCUGCCAUUUGCCUGAGAUCGCUAACCCUGCGAAUGUGCUCGACUAUAUGGGAGGGUUCAAUAGCAGGCAAUUCUCAGUUGGACCAGGAUACUUCCAAGAUGAAUACAAGCAACAAUAUCUCAAUCUACGGCGAGUAGCUCAACUGAUCCAAGAAGAGUUAGAAGAAAUGAAAUUGAAAAUGGAGCUGGCAGAUCGUUUUUUAGGUGGCGACUAUGAAGUAGAAUUUUUUGCACAUAUCGAUGAAAAAACCAAAAACGAGCUCAAAAGCUAUUCGAUCUCGGCACACAGUCCGAUCUACAAAGAGAAGAGUAAUCUCAUGGCACUGGUACUGAAACAUGAAGGAGGUCGAUCACGCAGGGAGCAAGCGGUGUUCGUCGUGUUAUUGGGGGAAAGCAUCGGUCCAAUUCAACGGAAACGAUAUGGGAACUGCACUAUUUGUGACGAGUCACAGGGUAGCUGUCAAACUCGGAUCGAACAAACUGACGACAGAAAAUCGGACAAGUCAUUGUUGCAAAUGUUUGGUUAG